CUGAAACAAUGGCGGACACUCAGGUGGACUCCGGCUCCGACAUCUCUGCCAAGGACCUGAAGGAGAAGAAGCUCGCAGACGAGAAGGAGAACGGGAAGGAUGCUGCCACCAACGGGAAGGAGAACGAGGAGAACGGUGAGCCCGAGGUGGAUGAGGAGGAGGAGGACGAGGUAGACGAGGAAGAUGAUGGAGAAGGAGACGAGGAGGACGAGGAGGAGGAAGACGAGGAUGAGGACGAGCUGGAGGGGGGCACAAAAAGGGCAGCUGCAGAUGACGAUGAAGAGGAUGAGGACAACCUGGAACCCAAGAAGCAGAAAACCGACGACGACGAUUGAUGCGUUCGUUCCCGCCGCCGUCCUGCUGAACCACUUCCUGGUUCUUCACCUCUGACCUCUUUUCUACGUCACAGGUGGAGGGGCUGGAGGACUGAUGUAAAAGGAAAAAAAUAAUAAUAAAUAAAUAAAGUAAAAAAAAAAAAAUCCAACAUGGUCAUUAGCAAGUAGAGUUCAACAAGCAUCCACUCGUCUCCACAAGCCCCGCCCCCUCAGAGCUGCAGAUAAAUUUUCUAGAGGAUCCCGCCGCAGAAAUCUGGCUUCUCUUCAACAACAACAACAACCUGAACGGAGGAUUUGUUUGUAUUUUUAUUUACAUUUUAUAUUUUUGUACAUAUUGUUAGGAGGGGGGGUCGGUCUCUCCGGCAGCAGCGACCACACCGGUGCUUCUCCUUUAAAGAUUUUACUUGGUUGACCAUGUUACAAAUCUCAGCAGAUAACUAGAAAAACAUGUAAAAAUUUAAAAAAAAACUUUACAAAAAAAGAACCUGUUAAGCCGUUGAACUCAGAGCAUUCCAGUAAAUUUAAUGUAUGUACUUUAGCUGUACCAUAACUAGUUUGUUUGUAUGGGAGGGAUGGCCUGUUUUUUUUUUUCCUUUAAUUUGUUUUGUUUGUUUGUCAGCGACAUUUUGUUUAUGACGGCCUGUUUUAAUGUAUGUGCGAAGUUUGUUGUUUGACAAUAAACCGGACUUUUAUUUUGUGAGUUGUACCUGA